AUGGCGAUCACGCUGGACGAUCUGAAGGAAGCAUUUUUUGUUGUUUUUUUUUUCGACUUGUCCGCCGCGAUUUCGGUUCGUCAAAAUCUGUUCCCGACCCAGUCUGUUAGUCACGGCCUCAUCCAACUUCGUGACUGGAUCCGGUCAAUCCUCGGUACCCUGCAGUUUGCUCAUCCGCCGGGAGUUCUGAUCAUCCGACGUUCCGUUUGCUCCUUGAGGGCCGUCGCGACCACGGCAGUAAUGGCAGCCGACGUAUUUCUGCGGUACUUGGAGAAGGACAAUCGCCAUGAGUACAACAAGCUUUCCUUUUCCGGCCAUUCUUCAGGCCACCAAAUCUGCCAUUGAAGAAAAUCCGCUCCGCCGAACCAAGCUGGCUGCUCAACAUUACCCGGUUGCCCCGACGAUGAUGAUGAGAGCAGUUACUUUUCGAGCUCGGCUCGGAGCGAAAUCGGCCACAACGGGAAGAAUCCGCCGAUCCCCUUCCGGAAGUAGACCAGAAGCUGUUCGAAAUCUGCGAGGAGGACAUUAAUGGUAUUGCGUGGGAAAAACAACAACGUAUCCGAUUGACGAUUAUUUUCGGAAAAGGUGGCUUCCUGUACAGUUUCACAAAACGAACCACGUGCGCAUUUAUAAGUUUUUUUUGCAUUCACAGUCGUUUUUGGGUGCAAUCUAAAAUAAAAAAAAAAUUAUUAUGUAAUAAUAAGGCAAGUGCUAAAUAAUUAAAACUUUCCUCAUUUUGUAAAAUUAUAAAAAUUAUUAAAAAUUAAGCUAAAUAUAUAAACGCCGUGAUUUAA